CGCUCUUGGAGCUGAGGAGUUAAGAGUGUGAAUAUGGGACUCUGCGUGCGUGAUGGUGAGACGGUACUGCUCUGGAGUGCCAGGCAGAUUCAUGGAAGAAAUUGGGUGGCUGUGUUUUGAUUGUGCACGCCGGACAUGAGCUUGUGAGUUAGUUCAUUCUUGGUCCCGUGCUCCUUCUGUUGGGUAAAACUUGGAUCUGAACCGAGGAGGCCCAAAGCUCCAACCAGGGCAGAACAUUGGGUGGCAACCACCACGGAAGCCCUGCAGCAGCCCCUGCAGUCAACUGUCUCUCCUUUCCCGGUUGUGGGCACAGCACAUGAGGAACAGGACAUGUGUCUACCCUGAGCCUGUACCACGGCUGCACUUUGGGAGCACACCAUUUGAUGGCACAGGUUUACAACUGGAGAGGAAUUUGCCUCAGGGUGAAUUGUAUUUUGAGUUUCAUCUGCAACUGACUUAGAUGAUAAGGCAAAAUGUGCUCCUUGAGGUUCAGGUGAUGACUGACAGGUGCAGACCUCUGCAUGGAGGUGAGGAGGAACUUCCAGGAGGACAGAGAGAGCCUGGUCAGAGCUGGCAUGAGGCCUCUGCAGUACCUGUGUGGGAAGAUCCGAGGCUGAAGGGAAAGCCAGGGCUGAGGGGACAGAAGUGGGGGCAGCUGGUGCCAUGACCCAUCAGUGUCCCAUGGACUAUCCCAAGGCAACUGACUUCUCCUUACUAUCUCCUAUCUGAUCUCAAGUCCUAAAUUGUGGAGAACCAGGCCCUCAGAGAGGCUGCUGUGGCCGGUAAAACAGGGGCUAGGCUGGCUGCUUUCAAAGAGGAGGGCGGCGGGGAUAUGAAGAGCUAAAGAAGCUUUUGGACUGUCCCAGAGACAGAACAAGCCCCUCACACAGGUUUUUUCUUUAGUGACCCCAUUCCGCCCCAUGGAUGUCACUUUUUUUUUUUCUUUUUUCUUUUCCUUGUUCCUUUUCUUUUUCGGCGCUUUCUGGGAGGGGGAGCAAAGCGAGGGAGGUGGGAAGAGACUUUUUUUCACAUGAGUCCUCAGAAUUACAGUUCACAAACUAUUCAGUAAACUGACCGGCCUCAACCUCCCCUUCAACGGCCUAAUCUAAGGGGUGGAUCUAUGUGUUUUGUUGCUUGUCAGAAACAAUCGCGGCGCGGCCCAUUACAUUUACAGCACGUCGCCCUUUAAUUGGUGUAACACGCUGAGGCCUGAAAGGAGGAGAGGCCCACAAAGGCGCCGUGAAUGAGCCUUGACUCACACAAAAACACUCUGCAGAAGUUCAGAGCCGGCCACUAACAAGGAGGUAGGGAGUUAGUUUGAAAAGGGGGUGAAGUUCAGAAAUGUGUCACCUUGAGGAGCGUCCCAUCAAAGCAAUGGUCGCAUUGACAAGCUGCAAAGAAAAAAAGUUAAACCUUCAGCGACAUGGACUUGCCUGCAGAUGUAUUCUUCCACUUGAGGAGGGGCAAGGAGAGAGCCGUCUUUCUUUCUCUUCUCCUUUGCCCGCCCUGUGCUCUCUGCUCCCCUUAUUUACUUCAGAGAGCCUUCAAAAAGUCGGAGCCCAAAAGAUUUACCUUCUACUCUCCUGCUAAAAUACACUAUUUAAGAACAAACAUAUUUAAAAACCAGGCAGAACGAGGCUGGUUUAGGCUGCCGCGGCUGAUUUCUGCCUCUGUGGGAACCGAGAUUAUCCUGCCCUCCUGUCUCCCACCUCCCCCACGUUCCAGGGCCGUUCCCUGCUCCUGGGCUGCGUGUUGCGACCUAGGCCCGUGCACAGGAGACCCUGAAGAAGCUGCACCCGAGCGCAAUGAAGACGAGGGUAAGCGCGCCAUGUGGACGCCUUUGCAUCAGGAUGCCAGGAAUUCGCCCACUCUCGGUGGAGGCCACAAGGCCGGCCUCGCUAGGCCCCCUCUCUGCUGCCCAACCCUCGCCUGCCUUCCUUCGAGGGGGCUACCGAGUCUCCCGCGCCAGGGUGGACACCUCCACUCCCCCUUGCCCCCGGGGACGCACCGAGCGCCUGCACCCUCCUCGGCUCGCCCCCUCCCGGCCUUUGUGUGGUGCGGGACCCCGGCCCGCCGCCCCUGUGAACCGCCUGCCCCGCGCGGAGGCGGGGGCACUUUUCAAUGCCUCGCCGCAGCUCCCUCCAGAUUUGUAAUCCGCCAAAAAGCCGCUGAUUGCUGCAAUCGUUACUUUUCAUUAAAAAAACUUAGAAGCAAUUUGGGAGAACUCUUCUCAAUGAAUACAUUUACCCCCGAACGGUCUUUAUUCUCCGCCUCCACUUGAUGAGUUUCUGUGGCA